CAAGGCGGAGGCGGAGGCGGAAACGGAAACCUACCUCAGGCAGAGAGGGAGGUCUUGCCGCGUGAGGAGGUAGCGGUUAUUUGGUGAGCCCGUGUGGAAGGAGCCCGUGUGGAAGGAGUCCGUGUGGAAGGAGACUGAAAGGCCCCCAGGUCUCAUGGCGGUCCGAGCGUCGUUCGAGAACAACUGUGAGAUCGGCUGCUUUGCGAAACUCACCAACACCUACUGCCUGGUGGCCAUUGGAGGGUCCGAGAACUUCUACAGUGUGUUCGAGGGCGAACUCGCCGAUACCAUCCCCGUGGUGCACGCGUCGAUCGCUGGCUGCCGCAUCAUCGGGCGCAUGUGUGUGGGGAACAGGCAUGGUCUCCUGGUGCCCAACAACACCACUGACCAGGAGCUACAACACAUUCGCAACUGCCUCCCAGACUCAGUGCAGAUUCGGCGAGUGGAGGAGCGGCUCUCAGCCCUGGGCAAUGUCACCACCUGCAACGACUAUGUGGCCUUGGUCCACCCAGACCUAGACAGGGAGACAGAGGAAAUCCUGGCUGAUGUGCUCAAGGUGGAAGUCUUCAGACAGACAGUGGCUGACCAGGUGCUAGUAGGGAGCUACUGUGUCUUCAGCAAUCAGGGAGGGCUGGUACAUCCCAAGACUUCAAUUGAAGACCAGGAUGAGCUGUCUUCUCUUCUUCAGGUCCCACUUGUGGCGGGCACUGUGAACCGAGGCAGUGAGGUGAUCGCUGCUGGGAUGGUGGUGAAUGACUGGUGUGCCUUCUGUGGUCUGGACACAACCAGCACAGAGCUGUCAGUGGUGGAGAGUGUCUUCAAGCUGAACGAAGCCCAGCCUAGCACCAUUGCUACCAGCAUGCGGGAUUCUCUCAUUGACAGCCUUGCCUGAGUCACCUUCCAUGCUGUUCCAUGGGUUCCUGGCUAUGGACUUUGGCUCCCUCUCCAUGCGCCACCCAGUCUGUACCGGAUGCUGAUAGGGAGGUGGCAGAGAGCCUACUGGGACUGAGUUGGCUGGAGGCCUAGCCCUUCUUUGCCUGUUUCCACCUCUUGAAUCUGGUUUCUGCAGAAAUCUGCCACAUCAUGCUGGUGGUCAGGCCCUGUGACCCCUAGCUGAAAGUUCUACUGUCCCAUUAAAGGGCAGCUGCUUCUGGUCA